UGGUUUGACAGCUGGUGAAAUACGAUAUCAUUCCACGACAACACCGAACCGAAGUUGGAAGAAAAGUUUCAGUGGCGAUGUCGGAGUGAGAAGUGAGUGGUCUCAGACGAUGACGACGGCGACAUUUGGGAUUCCUUCGUGAUGAGACGCAAGAACCGUCUGCUGGGCGUGGUUCUGUGGCUUUGCGCCACGGUGGGGGUGAUGUACAUCUACAGAGGAGUGAUCAUCCGCUGGCUCAAUGGGUCCAACACAUACUUCGACCCAAAGUCACUCAGCUACAAAAACUACAUUGGCACCAUCGAUGUAGAAGACCUCAAGAUGCCACUGCAGAAACACGCCUUUAACAUCGUAACGAGUAACAGCAUCCCCCCCGACCGGGACAUCCCAGACGUGAGAUACAGUCAAUGUAGAAAGGUUGACUACUCCUUCAAAAAGUUACCAAAGACUAGUAUCAUCAUCACCUUCCAUAACGAGGCACGGUCAACUUUGCUAAGAACAGUCAUCAGUGUGUUGACGCGAACACCGCUGUACCUAGUGGAAGACAUUGUACUCGUGGAUGACUUUAGCGACGAUCCUGAUGAUGGUCAGCUCCUCGCUGUGAUUCCAAAAGUCAAACUGAUCCGUAACGUCCAGCGAGAAGGUUUGAUCCGGUCUCGUGUCAUCGGUGCUGACACGGCAAGUGGUCCGAUCCUGACGUUCCUGGAUUCUCACUGUGAGGUUAACAAGGAAUGGCUGCAGCCCCUGCUACAGAGAUUGGUGGAUGCCCCCUACAGUGUAGUGAGUCCCGUGAUAGACGUGAUCGACACAGAGAGCUUCCAGUACAAUGCUGUACCUGACAUCCUCAGGGGAGGCUUUGACUGGAGCAUGCACUUUAAGUGGGAGGACCAGCCUUUGUCCACGGUGGGGAAGAGAAAGACGGACCCAGUCAAGACUCCCAUCAUUGCUGGCGGUAUCUUCAGUGUCAGGAAGCAGUGGUUCAAUAACCUCGGCAAGUACGACACCAAGAUGGACAUCUGGGGAGGAGAGAACUUUGAGUUGUCAUUCCGUGUGUGGAUGUGUGGCGGACAGCUAGAGAUCAUCCCCUGCAGUCGAGUCGGACAUGUGUUCCGCAAGCGUCACCCCUACUCCUUCCCUGAGGGAAACUCGAACACAUACAUGAAGAACACGCGAAGGACGGCGGAGGUGUGGAUGGAUGAUUACAAGCGAUUCUACUACGCUGCUCGACCUUCAUCGCGCAUGCAGGCAUACGGAGAUGUGCAGGAAAGACGUGCUCUGCGACAGCGCCUCAAGUGUCAGACAUUUCGCUGGUACCUGGACAACGUGUAUCCGGAGCUAAAGUUGCCAGUGAAUGAUGAGUUUGCCUAUGGCCAGAUUUACCAGGACAAUCAGUGUCUGGACAUCAUCCCCGGCCAACUCCCAGUCCUAAUCAAGCUCCGUCCGUGUGUGGAAUCAAAAGACUCACAGGAGUGGUCAUGGCGCAGGAAAGGAGUCAUCGUCAGUAACGGCAUGUGUCUGACAGCAGGCAUUCAGGAGACACACUCCUACCUUGUCGUCCAGUUCUGUAACUAUGGUGACAAUCAGCGCUGGUACCGCCAUAAGAACCACAUCAUCCAUCAGGCCUCCAGCUUGUGUGUAGACAGUCACAAGUCAGAGACAGGACUGGUUCUGGCCGAAUGCGAGGAUUACCUCUCUUCACAGCAGUGGAAGAUCACUGUCGAGAACCCAGCCAGUCAAGAAAAGGAAUACCUGGAUGACUUAUAACAUACAUGGGAUGCUGUAGGAUGUAUCAGGAUGACUUAUACCAUACAUGGGAUGCUGUAGGAUGUAUCAGGAUGUUUUAUACUAUACAUGGGAUGCUAUAUCAGGAUAACUUAUAACAUACAUGGGAUGCUAUAUCAGGAUGUU